CACAGGGGGAUGGAGAAGGGUCAAGAGCCACCUUCCGAGGAGUCGGAGCGGAGGGAGCAAAUGGGCAGUGCCCUGGACUCCAUGCGGGCCGUCCUGAGGCUAAGCAGAGGCCGUGCGGGACCCCGUCCUCUUUCCCGGGGGUUGGGUGGGUGACCUCCCCAGGGCAGGUCAGUAGAGACGUGCUUCAGUGGUACCCCAGUUUUUUCCUGGGGGGAGGGAGGAGCGUAUCAGCUCUAUUAGGAUAAAUAUCGAUAAAUGUAGCCAGUUAUUUCCUGCGCCUGGGGACCCUCUGCCCAGUGGCCAAGCACCUCGCAGUGAGGCAGGAGAUGGGCCGGAGGGGGGCUGAGAUGCUUUCUGGAAAGUCUUCCUCCCCACCUUGGGCCCAGGAAACUAGAUCUACAACAAACUUACUUGAAUUUCAGUCUUUAGAGGAAAUUAGGGGUUGAGUUUCAUUAUAAUCAAGAGAAGCAAACCUCAUGUAGACAAUUGGAGAGAGCAAGUGUGCUCAGCUGCCCGCUCAGCACGCUCCCCCGAGCCCCCUGGGGAUCCGCCCCUCAGAGGCUGCAGCUGGCUCAUCCCAGGCAGGGUUUCUCCACAUUUAAAAACGCACGACCUUUUACACAUGGUUUUUGUGUUUUAUGAUGAAAAGACUCUAGGUUUCUUUUCCAAAUAUGAAAUUCUGGUGCUGCCCAUGCAUUUUCUCAGCACCAAGCCCGCUCUCCCAGUGGAGAGUCGCUGCCCAAGGCCCUGCAGACCUAAAGCCGUGCUGGCAGGGAUGGGGCCUGCAGGUCACCCCAGGUCAGGGUCCGAGCCUCAGAGGCCGCCCCUUCCUGUCCCUCCCACUCCGACACCGACCACCGAGAGGCUGUGGGCAGCACACACAGGUGCUGUUCUGGGAACGAGGAGGGGCUUCUCUGGCACAUACAUAAUUAGUUUCCAGCCUCCCGGGGUCCUGUCUGCCAGAGGUGUGAACAGAAUGAACAAUUAAUAAAACUCGGGCUCCAGGGAGCCGGUUCUAGCUGUGGAAAUAGGAACAGGCUGUUUAACCAACAGCAGACGCACACACCCACACAGGCAGACAGCCUGUCACCCUCCCCCCAGACCUGUGCGCAGACACAUGCUCGGAGCUCAGCCGGCCUCGGGUGAACACGAUGGCUAACCCCCCACCACAAACCCCAGAUCUCACUUCUGUGCCAUCACUGCGCUCCUCCCUCCCCGUCCCCCAAGGAGUUCGUUCCUCUUUAAACCAAUCGGGGAGCAGUGAUCAGUGGCCACAAAGGGGUGGCUAUUCAGAGGCCCCUCCCAGGGAAGGGAGGGCUGCUGACACAGAUGGAGGCUUGUCCUGCUGUGGCCACCAAGCGAAACUCUUGGGGUGGCUGCUAAUGAGCCUGACUGUCCCUGCCCAGCCCACUGCUGAAUGCGGGACCCCUUCCUGCCCCGGCCCCAGGAGGCUUGGUAGACUUCACCCGACUGGGCCACCUCCCUCCAUUCUCUGGUCCCCUUUCCUGGUUCCAGGAGAGUGUUCCUCCCACUGCCCUUCAGUCGCCCUGCCUUCCCCAGGCCCUCUGCCCGCCUCGCCUCCCUGUCGCCAGCAGCUGUUCCCUGGCCCUUGCUCCCUCCUUGUUUCCCUGGGGGCACGUCCUGUCCUCCAGCUUGACCUUGACUCUUCAAGUGCAAAGAGCAUGCCUUUGCCUUCCCUGCGCCUGGUGCAGCAGUGCUCCGCUCUCCGAGGGUCACAAGAUGCUGAGCGUUUAGCUCACUUGCUGCCCACUCCUACCAGCCCCGGGACACACUCAGGGUCCCGCCCGUGUCUCUCCUCUGUGGCAACCCUGUGUUCUCCACCUCAGAGGGCUUGCCUCGGGCUUGAUCGCCAAGUCCCCGUGUAGUUUCAACCCCCAGACACCUCCUCACAGCUUCGCUGGCUUUUCCUCAGCACCUCCCUGCGUCUGCCAAUGUGCUGGCCCCUGCUGAGGGUGGGGACUGGCAGGGUCCAGGGGAAGGAGGACCAGCCCUGCCCUCACUGGGUACAGAGGAUGUGCCCUCACUGGGGAAGGGCUCCUGCCAGAAGGGCAUCCUGUGCAAGGGGCAGGGGCCGCGGUGGAGUGCGGGUCCGGCCAGGAGAGCAUUUGGAGGGUGUGGAUUUGACAUUGCUGCUUAGGAGAGCCCUGGUGCUUGGUCAGAGGAGCCCUGUCUUCUCUCCUUUCAACACCCAGAGCGCCCAAGGGGUCAGAGGGCAACGUGAGGUUCCCAUCAGAGACUUAAUCACAUCUGGAUCUCAUGCAGGCUGGGAUAAACGUGCUUUUCCUGGGAGACCCGGGUGUCACCUGGGGGGUAUGCCGAGGUCCCACAAGGAAUCUAGCCUGGAGCUUCUUGUCCUUGGGCCCAAGAAUCUCAAGUUUCACCAAGUAGACCCCCCCGCCCCCAUUCCACAGCCCAGAGCUGGUCAGGAACAGAGGGAGGGUUAGUGCUGGGAAUCCCUGACCUCACUCCGCCAGCCUGGAUUCCAUGGUGUAAGCUCUGCACUCCCCCUCCUGGCGGGCUGAGCUGGGUGCUGUUGUCCCAGAGCAGGAGGGGAUAGUUUGAAUAGCCUCCGCUUCCGUCCCCUCCCAACCUUCCUGCCACGCGGUGUCUGUCUCUCCCUCUGGUGUUUGGUUGACCUGUUCUCUACUCUCCUCCUCCCGACUGCGUGAGGACCCUGCUCUGGACAGGAGCUUCCUUCUGGGUUCCCGCCUGCCGCACCUGCUCGUGGCCGCCGACUAGGUGACUGUGUGCUGGGUGGACGAGGCCGGGGCCAGUUCCACGCACUGCCUCUCCCCACAGGCCGAGCACGCCGGGGUCCGCACCUACUUCUUCAGCGCCGAGAGCCCCGAGGAGCAGGAGGCCUGGAUCCAGGCCAUGGGGGAGGCUGCCCGGGUACAGAUCCCCCCAGCCCAGAAGUCCGUGCCCCAAGCUGUGCGUCUCAACCACGAGAAGCCAGACUCGGAGAACACCCCACCCAGCCAACACCACCACCAGCCGCCUCACAACAGCUUCCCCAACCCGGAGCCGGAGGCCAAGACUCGAGGGGAGGGCGACGGCCGGGGCUGCGAGAAGGCGGAGAGGAGGCCCGAGAGGCCCGACAUCCAGAGCGAGCCUCUGGUGAAAGCCAAUGGCAUCCCAGCUGGGCCGGAACCAGCCUCAGAGCCAGGCAGCCCUUACCCGGGGGGCCCGAGGGUCCCCGGGGGCGGGGAGCGGCCCCCCCAGCCCAACGGCUGGCAGUACGGCUCCCCAAGCCGGCCAGGGAGCACAGCUUUCCCGCCUCAGGACUCAGAGAGUGGGGGACGCCGGCCGAGCUUCCCCCCACAUGCCAACCCCGACAAGAUUGCCCAGCGCAAGAGCUCCAUGAGCCAGCUCCAGCAGUGGGUGAACCUGCGUCGGGGGGUGCCUCCCCCCGAAGACCUUCGGAGUCCCUCUAGGUUCUACCCCGUGUCCCGCAGGGGCCCUGAGUAUUGUGGCCCCUACUCCCCGUUCCCCGACGAUUACCAGUACUACCCGCCGGGGGUGCGGCCGGACAGCAUCUGCUCCAUGCCCGCCUACGACCGCAUCAGCCCACCCUGGGCCCUGGAGGACAAGCGCCACUCCUUCCGCAACGGGUGCGGGUGGAAGGAGCCCGCCAGCUACGGGCGGCAGGACGGCACCGUCUGGAUCCCCAGCCCCUCCCGGCAGCCCGUCUAUUACGAUGAGCUGGACGCCACCUCUGGCUCCCUGCGCCGCCUGUCCUUGCAGCCCCGGUCCCACUCCGUGCCCCGCUCGCCCAGCCAAGGCUCCUACAGCCGCACCCGCAUCUACUCCCCCGUCCGCUCGCCCAGUGCCCGUUUUGAGCGGCUGCCGCCUCGCAGUGAGGACAUCUACGUGGACCCCACCGCCUAUGUGAUGAGACGAUCCAUCAGCUCGCCCAAGUAUGAUUACCUGGGAGACAGGCGGCCAGUCCCUGCAGGACUGUACCCCUACAACUACCCACCACCCCCCACGGUUCACGAUAAGAUGGAUGAACUUUUAGACCUUCAGUUGCAAAGAAACCUAGAGUAUUUGGAUCAGCAGAUGAGUGAGAGUGAGACUCUCAUCAGUAUGGUGAACCGCAUGGUGGAGAGCUCCUCCCCCAGGGCCCAACUCUUCAUGCAAGUCCCUCCGUACCCAGAAGUGUUCCGGGACGGCGCCCACACCUACAAGUUAAACGAGCAGGAUACAGACAAGUUGCUGGGCAAAUUGUGUGAGCAGAACAAGGUGGUGAGGGAGCAGGACCGGCUGGUGCAGCAGCUCCGAGCUGAGAAGGAGAGCCUGGAAAGUGCCUUGAUGGGGACCCACCAGGAGCUGGAGAUGUUCGGGAGCCAGCCCGCCUACCCAGAGAAGCUGCUGCAUAAGAAAGAGUCCCUGCAGAACCAGCUCAUCAACAUCCGGGUGGAGCUGUCUCAGGCAACCACGGCCCUGACCAACAGCACCACGGAGUACGAGAGCCUCGAGUCGGAGGUCUCUGCCCUGCACGACGACCUCUGGGAACAGCUCAACUUGGACAUCCAGAACGAGGUGCUCAACCGGCAAAUCCAGAAGGAGAUCUGGAGGAUCCAGGAUGUGAUGGAGGGGCUCAGGAAGAAUAACCCGUCCCGGGGCACAGACACGGCCAAGCACAGAGGAGGCCUUGGCCCCUCGACCACCUACAGCUCCAACAGCCCUGCCAGCCCUCUCAGCUCCGCCAGCCUCACCAGCCCCCUGAGCCCCUUUUCCCUGGUGUCUGGCUCUCAGGGGUCCCCCACCAAGUCUGGGUCCAAUGAGGAGCCCGGCCCACCGCGGCCCCCCCUCCCCAAAGCCUACGUGCCCCUGGAGUCUCCUCCCACCGUGCCUCCACUCCCUAGCGAGAGCCACUUCUGGCCAUACCCCAACUCCCCUUCCUGGCACUGCAGUGGCGAGACAGCCAGGGGCCAGCCCAAGGCAAGCUAUGACCCAAGCAAGAGAGAGUCCCACCAGACAUCACCCCCGGACACGUCUAGGGACAUCAGCCUCGUGCCUACCCGGCAAGAGGUGGAGGCAGACAAGCAGACAGCUCUCAACAAAGUUGGCAUUGUGCCCCCGCGGACAAAGUCGCCCGCUGAGGAAGAGGUGACCCCCUCAGGGGUGGUGAGGAGGAAUGCUAACGGGCUCCCCAAUGGCCUCUCUGCCCGGCAGGAGCGCCCCAAGAGCGCGGUGUUCCCGGGCGAGGGCAAGGUGAAGAUGAGCGUGGAGGAGCAGAUCGACCGCAUGCGGCGCCACCAGAGCGGCUCCAUGAAGGAGAAGCGGAGGAGCCUGCAGCUUCCGGCCAGCCCUGCCCCCGACCCCAGCCCCCGGCCAGCCUACAAAGUGGUGCGUCGUCACCGCAGCAUCCAUGAAGUGGACAUCUCCAACCUGGAGGCCGCCCUGCGGGCGGAGGAGCCUGGCGGGCAGGCCUACGAGACGCCGAGGGAGGAGAUCGCCCGGCUUCGCAAGAUGGAGCUGGAGCCCCAGCACUACGACGUGGACAUCAACAAGGAGCUCUCCACCCCCGACAAAGUCCUCAUUCCUGAGCGGUACAUCGACCUGGAGCCAGACACGCCCCUGAGCCCCGAGGAGCUGAAGGAGAAGCAGAAGAAGGUGGAAAGGAUCAAGACGCUCAUUGCCAAGUCCAGUAUGCAGAACGUGGUGCCCGCCGGCGAGGGGGACCUUGUGGACGUGCCCCAGGACUCAGAGAGCCAGCUGCAGGAGCAGGAGAAGCGGAUUGAAAUCUCCUGCGCCCUGGCGACCGAGGCCUCCCGCAGGGGCCGCAUGCUGUCUGUGCAAUGUGCCACCCCAAGCCCUCCCACCUCCCCUGCCUCCCCGACUUCACCAGCCAACCCCCUCUCGUCUGAAUCCCCACGGGGCACCGACAGCAGCCAUGCCAUGCGGGUCUGAGCUUGGACUGCAAGCCCUGGCGGAGGCCACCGCUGCGAAGCUCCACAGAGCCACCUUCUGAAGCCCUGCCGUGAGGCCCCGGCCCCCUCCCCGGCCCAGCCCCCCUGCUCUCCUGGGAAAACUGCGAAGAGCCAGGCUGAGGGGCCAGGGCUGCUGCCGAGCGGAGAACGGAGCACGGAUGCUUCGGCCCCAAAGCCCUCGCUGAUCAGACGAGGUCCCUCUGGUCCUGAGCCUGGGCCUGAGAUGGAGCAGAAAGCAUCCUGUCUGAUGCCCAAGUCACAGGACGCCCAGGCCUGAUGGCUGGGGUGGUGAUGGCCCUCCUGGAACAUUCCCUGAUGGAGAAGACGCCCUGGUGGGGAAGAUGCUCUGGACCAUCUUAGGUUAGGACGAGAGGUGAGGAGCAGAGGGACACCUGCCUCUUCCCACCCUCCUUGACACCGAGGACAGCACCUGCCAUCAUCCCUCCCCGUCAGUCCCCACCCCACUGUGGCCCCAGCUGUGCCCGGGGCUGUGAUCCCUGCUAUGGGUGCCCUUUGCGGUCCCGUGGAGACUAACCACCCUGUCCGAGCCAAAGACAAGAUGACAAGAGAUGGGGCGAGGCGCCUUGGCUCCCCGGGGGACGGGGCAGGCUGGGAUAGAGAGCAGGUCUGGGCAGUGUCUGGGGAGGUUGGGAAGGGGGAGGAGAAGGAAGGGAGGUCCUAGGAAAGGAAGGGAAAGAAGAAGCAGGGCUCAUUCGCAAGUAAGAGGACAGAGAUGGAGAGAGGAUGGGAAUGGUUUCCCGGGGUGAGCCUUAGCGAGGUGCCAAGUCCCGUGCCACACUGUCGGCUUGGCCCUUCCCACCUUGUCCCCAGGCCGAUGCCGAGGCCCCAGGAGGCCCCACCAGUGAGCACACGGUGGCCUUCAGCUGAAGUGCUUGGCAUGGGGGUGGGUGGGGAUGAGGGGGCUGGGUAGGACAGUCCGGGACACACAGGGCCCUGUGUGGGCCUGGGCCUGGUGUCUGCCUCCGGUACUGGGCUGGGGGCGCAGAGAGAAGGAUCUGUCUUACGCAGGGUGUGGUCAGCCUUGGGACCUCUCCUCACCAUUUUGGCGGCAUUUUCUGGCAUGUGCUGUGGGCCAGCUGCCAGUGUGCCCAGGGAGAGGGAAUGAGCCUUCAGCUGGGAGGCCAGAUGCCAGGACCCCGCCGCACACCCCCAGACAAGGACCGGUGGAGGCUGUACCAAGGACUCCCUCUGGCUGACUCUUUCGGGAUCCACCUGACAGGGAGGCCAGUGCGGGAGAGACAGAAGCAAACUCAUUCUUCCUCUGCUCCGCCCACCAUGAGAUGAAUGUAGCCAGAAGGAGGGAGGAGAGAGAGUGCGGCUGGACAGUCUGGCUCCUAGGCCUCCUCUUUGCAAGAGUUGCUGCCUGAGACUCCAGCCUGGCCUUCAGCCGCCCUAAGAACAACUCCUUUAUCUCCCCCCAGUUCUUCACUCCUUCACGGCUGGGGCAGUUACUGGUUCAUAUGCAAGUAAAGGUGACAAUUCAUUCAACAAAUAUUUAUCGAGCACCGUUUAUGUACCAGGCACUGUCCUAGGUGCUUAAGGAUAGUCGCUUCUGAGGGAUUACAGACGAGGGGGGGGCGGGCGUUCCACUUGUCUUCACUUGUGGCAGGUUUUUGGCUACAUUUCCCAUCAUUAGCUCAGCUCAAGUAUCGCAAACGGUCCUUUCUCCCCCAUAGACUGGCAGGUGGGGUUGGCUCCCAGCUCUUCCUCGUUCCCGCACCUUUCUCCAUCCACAAGACACAGAUUUUUUAGGGCCUUCCAUGCCUUCCCCUUCCUUUAUCUGUCUCUCCUUUUUUUAAAGUGAUAUUUUUAAGAAAUACAUGGAAAAUACCAAGGAUCAAUGUCUGCUCGUCUGUCACCUCUCUCACCUCCUAUUUCAUAAAGCUGGCCCUUUAUGUUGCUUUACAUGCCUUAAUAUAUGUUUUAUGAAGAUUAUACAUAUUAUAGGUUUAUAUGUAAGAUACAUAUUGGUUUGGGUGUCGGAUCCUUGCCUAGAACUCCUGCCCAGGCCUGUCUUCUCUCCUUUACUCUCCACGCCACUCCUAGCAUGUCGCGUCUAUACCCCAUGCCUUGGAUCCAAAGAAGGGGAGAGAGAGACUUAUUUUAAGACAGAUCUAUUUUACGCUUUUAUUAUGAAAGCAAAUCUAUUUUCAAAUGUGCAAUGUCUAAAUGGAACUGGCCAACAACGGGAGGAGACUGGGGUGACUGCCUCUAGGUCCAGCCUCCACCCCGCCCCCCUCCCCCAGCUGCUCCCUCCCUCCCACUGCCCGGUCUGCAGAGGGCUGGUCCCCAGAGCCCACCCCAGAGCAUCUCCCCAGGGCAGGACGUGCUCUCAGAAGUCCUGGUCUGAGGAUUUGGUUACACUGACCACUCUUGAUGACCCGCUAGAGUUCUCGGGUAUGAACCUAUGGAAGAAAGCGUUUAAGUGUGUGCACAGGGGCACCCACGCAGGCCCCUCCCAGCGAUGGGCUCCCAGACCUCCCCCAUCACCUGCUGCAGGGGGCAGGCAGUUUCAUAGCCUCCUGUGCCAAACACGAAUGUCAGUCUGUCCCUUGAUGGACCCAGGAUAUGGUGCAAAGGCCAAAGGAAGUGGUCUGGGAUCCCUGGCCCUUCAGCGCAGACGUGUUUGAGUUCCUUGGACGACUUCCCACACUCCUUUUCACGUGGCCUCUCUCUGCUCUGGGUCGCGUCGAUGGCACCUGUUAUACUCUGAGACCUUCCUUCUGGGGGCUGUUCCUAAGGGCCUGGCACCUCGGUCUGGCAUCCAGACUGCGGGGUCCGCUUCUGGGCUGAGGAGGGUCCCACGGACAAUGUAGAUCUCAGCCUUGCCAGGAGCCGCUGCCCCUGGGCUGCCGGACUGAGGCAGCUCAGUCUUGCAAACUGCUUGUCCACUGGAAGUGGGCAAGGGGCUCUUGCCUUGUAUGGAUCUGGGCAGGAUGGGAGUCUUUUGUCCAGGUCUGGAAUCGGGGGUUUGGGACCUGGUGCAGAGCUCCCGGCCAGCAUUGGAAGCCUGACCUGCCCGCUUUACCACUUACCGGCCCUGCGUCCAGCGUCGCGCAUCCGGCUGCGGAUGGAUGGGGCCCAGAUGGAGGCCCAGGGCUGAGACACCCACCUGGGUGCACUCCUGGUUACUGAUCUAGAGCCUUCCCAAUUAGCACAUGACCUCCCUGAUCAAUAACCGAGAGGCUGCAAUCAGAUAUUGCUACUGUCACUUUAAAGAUUUUCUGAGGUUGCAAGCUGUGCACACUAGCUCUUCUGCCUUGGCGAGAGGUGUGUUCUUGGGGCAGGGCUGACUAUAGCAAGAGGAACCCAAUUCCUUUCCCCUUCAGGCACCCCCACCUGGAAGCUCUUAAAACUAAGGGAAAAUAUGAAAUAUACAUACCUAUAUAUAUAUAUACAUAUAUCUAUUUAUGCACAUAUUGGGGCCAAUCUGAUUUGCUAGUAUUAGACAAUAAACUAUACAAGGAACUGUCUGAUCUCAGUGUCUUUAUUUAGCAUAAAAGUGACCUUAGAAGAAGAGUUCAGGUUAGUUAGACAGCAUCUCUGCCAGGGGACCGGCAGCUAUAGCAGCCCCCGGGCAUCUUUCUAGCCGAAGCCCCUCCCGGGGAGGGGGCACCUGCCGGACAGGCUAGAGUUGGGGUCCGCACUCAGCAGCUGAAGAGCCCCCGUGAGCUCCGAAUUUGUAUAUUGUAAGUUUGUAUAAAGCCAACACCGGAAAUAAAAUGGUUUGUACAAGU